GUUGGUUCUUCUCUUCCAUCAGGACCCAAUAAGCUGCCAGUGAAGCCAGGCCAUCCAUUCCUAUGCAGCAUGGGCUCAGGGUGACCUCUACCAUCGACAGCCCCUCAGGACCAAACAGAUGCAGCCAAGGAGCGAAGGGACGCUUCGCUGCAGCCGAGGUAAAGCACAAGGGGUCAACCAAUGAGAGAUUGUGGCACAUCAACGUGAAACAGACCUGAGAGCAAAACGUGCCGCUGCUGUCUUAAUCUCCAUGCUGCAUAGUCAGCGUUCUGUGAAAAGCUUAUUAGAAAGUUGUGUGAUGAAAUUGACUCUGUGCCAAAGAGAGCUCUCUCUGCUUACCUUUAUUAGUAAUUAAGCUACAUGUAUUUAUUUCCUAGUGAUGCUACAACCAGAAAUGUUUUUUCUCUGGUUAUGGAGUACUUGACUUAAAAAAAAUGUUGAGAACCACAGCAAGGUAAACUACACGUACUACAGUGGACUAUUACCCCAUCUACUGGUAAGGAUGAAAACAGAUGAUUUUACAUCCAUGAACUACAAAUGAGUAGAAAAACAAAUGCUUGAGGCUGCUUUUUUGUCAUAUUUAAAUGGGAAAAUGGGACUUGCAGCAUAUUUUCAUACCAAGAAGGUUACAAGCUUGUCUGCUGUGACGAAUUUCAGAUGGAGAGGAUUACACACAGUGCUGACUACGCAGGUAUCAUCGAUGACUUGAUUUAAAAUGCAUUUCAUGACCGCCGUGUUCCAGGGUUCCAUGUCAGUCUUAUCAAAAUGAAUGUUUCCACUGGCUGGCUGACACCCAGAAGGGGCCAGACGACCACUGACCUGGCAGACGUUGUGGAAAAUGUGAGACUUUUGGCUGGAGAAGGUUAAAAAAGUGCUGAUGUCUACAAAAACUCAGGCACACCAUUACUAACUAUAGUGCUCAUGUGAGUAUUUUCUGUAUGCAGUGUUGACUGGUUUAGUUCUACACUGUUCACAUUUAUCAAGCCAAAGGAAAUGAUAGUAGAGGAAGGCAGUAAAGUCAACCCUCCCUCUCCCCAACGCCAGGAUCUCUGUCCUGCUUAGAUAAGCCUCUCCUGGAGCUCAUUUCAAGCAGAAAAGCAGGAAACGUGACAGCUGAGUUUUUCCGCUUCCAUAAACAAGACAACCCGCCAGAGUUUAGCCGCCAGUCCACCAGCGCCUCUGGGCCGGGUCUCUCGGAGGGAGGCUGACUGACACACAGGGAGUGAGGGGAGGAGAGAAGAAAGCGAGAGAGCAGGAAAGAAGGUCUGUAGAAAGACAGGAAAAUCCAUUAAGAUAUAUAACAAAUAGAAAAAGAAGCACUCAGAUGACACUGCAGGCUAAGUCAUGGCUGUAAACAACACUCAUUUCUUCAUGGAAAUACUUCAGUCAUUUGAUGCUGUGCCCCUGAUCAUAGCUUUCUGUGUUUCCGUGGCGGUGGGCCUGGUCUUGGGAGCCCUGGUCUACGUGAUCCUCACAUGGUUUUCCCGACGCAAAGCAGGCUCUGCCAGCAUCACACGCAGCCCCCCUCGCCAGUCGCGUGCCGCCCCCAGAAACCGCCCGGGCUUCAACCGCAGCAGCAGCAGCCACGACCGUCGAAGCAACAACAGCCUGGUCAGCGCCGCUUUCACCUUCCACCGCCAGACUUCCACAUCGGAUGCCCUCGACCCGUUGGGGUAUAAGUCAAGCUUCAGGGCCUCCACCUUCCAUCCACUACUUCACUGCAGCCAAAUUGCCAGGGAGGCCGAGGAGGGGAGUCAGACGUCGUUACCUCGCACGCCCAUCAUGACAACCGCCGCUGACUCCGCUCACACAGCUGCCACCCCACCCAGACCCCACUCCUUUUGGGGGGACAGCGGCGUCAGUGGUUUCCAGGCAACACAGACCCCGCCUCCUGCUUAUGAGAGCAUCAUUAGGGCAUAUCAGGAGACUCAUACCUAGGAUGCUAAAGGAAUGGAGUCCAAAGACUAAAGCUGCUGUUCAUACUGUAGCACAAAAAAUACAUAUUUACUGUCCAAAUUGUUACCUGGGCUUUAAACAAUAAACAAUCCAGUCCCUUUUGAUAAUUUAAAAAUAUUUGGAAAGACUUUUGGAAUUUGUGCUGUAGCCCAGAGGUUCAGUUAUGAUGUGACUGUAGCUUUGUAAUAAAUGUAGGCAUCGGAAGUUUGACAAUAUGUAUUUUUAUUCAUAUUUUGCAUCCUCGUUCAAUUUUAAAUUGACCAACUUUGCAAAGCAGAAUGACAUUUGUCCCUGAAGUAAUUCUGAUUAUAAAAUAAGAGCUUCAUUAUACUCAUAAUGUAGGCAAAAUGUAUUUUUACUAACUUACUAAUUGGAUAUGUUGCUGUAUUCUGCUAUGUAAAAAACAUUUGUAUAUAAAUACAA